UCUCCUUCCCUCGUGAUGCGGGAGAGCUCGACUCAACUCUGUGCGAAAGGAUUGAAUUCAGUUGCCGAAAAUAAAAUAAGUUGAAAGUUUCAAUUUGAAACUUGUUCCUUCAAAACCACACCCACACAGAAUUAAGUGGUCACCCACACCAUUUCAGAGGUAGCUGGCGUAAAAUUAAAAUCCAUCCAUAAAGAUGGUGUUGACGGAAGAUAUCGUUUUACCAACGGACGAGGAUCUGACGGUACAAGAGGUCAACGUGAGCACUCCGUAUUUGAAAGCAGCGAGCAUGUUUCUGGGAAAGCAUUGUGAAGUUGUCAACAAUGAGUACAUGCUGUGCAAAGCGGAAGAAAAGGACCCUCGCAAUUGUAUAAAAGAAGGGAAAGCAGUGACGGCUUGUACUCUAAAGUUUUUUCAAAUGAUUAAGAAAAGUUGUCCCAAGGAGAUGACAACGUAUGCAAAGUGUCUUGACAAAUCGAGUGCUGACAUGGCCCUGCGACACUGUCGGAACACCCAAGCUAUUUUUGAUUCUUGUAUGUUGACUAAUUUUGGAAUGGAACGGCCACAUUUUGGCUACCUGUGCGAGCCUAGAAUUCACCACACCCAAAGACAGAAACCACUCCCAGAACCACCAGCCGUGUAUCCGGAUGCUCUUCCUGACCUCCCGUCUGAAGAUAUUCCACGUCCUGCUGCUAAAUAUGGAACCCGCAUGCCAAUGGGUUAGGAAGCUCAAGUCAAUUGCAGAAACAAUGUGAAUUUAGUCGGAGGAUGAUGAUUGGCUUUGUAGAAAAUCUAUGUAUUCAAAAACUAAAAAAUGCAUUCGUACUGGUUUCCGUUCCCUAAAUUACUGCCACCCACAACCUGUUUAAAGAAUUUGUAAAUAUAAAUUAAUCAGAGAGAAACAAUUCCACGGAUGAUAGAAUAUGGAACUCGGAUCCAUGUUAAAUGAUUAUUCUCCAUUUAGUCAGUUGCUGUAAUAAACUACUUUGAAACGUA